GUGUUGUGGAUGUUCCUGGAAACAUGGCGGCCAGCUUCCGCGGCCGUCCUAUCCGGAGUCUUCGGAUGCGAGGUCGGAAUGACAGCGGAGAAGAGAACGUCCCGCUGGAUCUGACUAGAGAACCUCCAGAAAACUUCAGGGAAAUCCUUCAAAAUGUGGCCAAACCACAUGGAGUCAGUAACAUGCGAAAACUUGGCCACCUAAACAACUUUGUCAAGCUGCUAUGCAGUGUUCGGCAUCAUGAGGAAAUCUUUGGGUUUACAUACGAAGAAAUCAUUGUUUGUCUGCGACUAGCUUUACUAAAUGAGGCUAAGGAGGUGCGUGCUGCUGGGUUGCGGGCACUCCGCUACCUCAUUCGUGACACCAUUGUGCUGCAGAAAGUCCUCAAACUACAAGUGGAUUAUUUGAUAGCCAGGUGCAUUGACAUCCAGCAGAGCAACGAAGGGGAAAGGACUCAGGCGCUGAGACUUGUUCGAAAGAUCAUCACUGUCAAUGCAAUGCUCUUCCCCACUUCUGUUGCAAACUCUCUUAUCGCUGUGGGGACUGAUGGACUGCAAGAGAGGGACCGAAUGGUCCGUGCCGCCAUCGCUAUUGUCUGUGAGCUAGCCCUGAAAAACCCAGAGGUGGUUGCUAAACGGGGAGGCCUAAGCACUAUCUUGAAGAGUGUGAUUGAUUGUCAGCUGAGCCGCAUCAAUGAAGCUCUGAUCACAACCAUCCUCCAUCUUCUCAACCACCCACGUACCCGUCAGUACGUGCGCAUCGAUGUAGAGUUAGAGCAAAUCCUUGCGCCUUUCACAGAUUUUCACUACCGUCACAAUGCAGACACGGCUGAAGGGCAACUCAAAGACGACAAAGAGGCCCGUUUCUUAUCAAGUAGAAUGGCCAUAGUGGCCGCUUUCCGCUCUUGGUCUGGGAUUAUAAAUCUAUGCAAGUCUGGAAAUUCUGGAAUCCAAUCUUUAAUUGGUUUACUUUGCAUACCAAAUGUGGAAGUUAGGAAAGGCUUGUUGGAGGUUUUGUAUGAGAUAUUCAGACUUCCUGUGCCCAUCAUAACCCAAGACUUCACAGAAGCUCUUUUGAGUGUUGACCCAGCAAGAUUCCAGGACACAUGGAGACUUUCUGAUGGGUUUGUUGCAGCAGAGGCCAAAGUUGUUCUUCCCCAUAGGGCUCGCUCGCGACCUGAUUUGAUGGAUAACUACUUGGCAUUUGUGCUCUCUGCCUUCGUCUCUAGUGGGCUGCUCGAGGGUCUUGUUGAAGUGGUAACAAGCAACGAUGAUCCGCUUGCUAUCAGGGCCACCAUCAUCUUGGGCGAGCUUUUACAUAUGGCAAACACCAUCCUUCCACACACCCACAGUCACCACCUGCACUGCCUUCCCACCCUUAUCAACAUGGCAGCUUCCUUCGACAUCCCACAGGAAAAGCGACUUCGGGCUAGUGCAGCUGUCAACAAUCUCAAGCGUUUCCAUGAGAGAAAGAAGAAAGGUUCUAAACCACACAGCCUCUAUCUAGACCACAUCAUCCGCAACUCUGUGUCCUCACAUAGCCGCAGAGAGUCACACUCACGGGUCCAAAGGGACAUCUACGUCAUUAAGGACACAGAAGAAGCAUUGAUGAUGAACUUGAGAGACAGUCACAUUCUCAACCAUAAGCAAAACCUAGAGUGGAACUGGUUGCUCAUUGCCACCAUCCUUAAGUGGCCCAAUGUAAAUCUCAGGAACAACAAAGAUGAACAGAUGCACAAGUUUGUGCGGAGGCUGCUGUACUUCUAUAAGCCCAGCAGUAAAUUGUAUGCAGGGCUGGCAUUAGAUCACGUUAAGGCGAGACAACUCACUGUGGUUGGCUGUCAGUUUGUUGAGUUCCUCAUGGACUCAGAUGAGGAUGGACAGGGCUACCUGGAGGACCUUGUGAGGGAUAUGGUAUCAUGGCUGUCUUUAUCUGCAGGCUUGAAAUCUGAGCGCUGCUUGCAAAGUAACGGCCUGCUCAACACACUUAGCCAACACUACUUUCUGUUCUUGGGAACACUCUCUGCACACUCUCAGGGAGUUAAACUUCUGGAGAAAUGUGGCCUGUUUCAGUGCCUGCUGAAUCUGUGCUCUGUGAAGAACCAGGAUGCUGUGCUAAAGCUUGCUGUAGCCACAUUAGACUACAGCAGAGACGGUCUGGCGAGAGUGAUCCUCUCCAAGAUUCUUACCGCUGCUACUGAUCCCUGCAGACUGUAUGCCACCAAGCACCUUCGUGUGUUGCUGCGAGCAGGUGUAGAGUUUUUUAGCAGCUGGGGCAUGGAGCUGCUGGUCACACAGCUUCACGACCAUAGCAAGGCCGUGUCGAUGGAAGCCCUUGAUAUUCUGGACGAAGCCUGUGAGGACAAGGCCAAUCUUCAUGCGCUCAUCCAUCUGAAACCAGCUUUGUCUCACCUCGGAGACAAAGGCCUUCUUCUGCUCCUCAGGUUCUUGUCCAUACCUAAAGGGUUUUCCUACCUCAAUGAGAGGGGUUAUGUCAGCAAACAGCUCGAUAAAUGGCAGAAGGAAUACAACCUAAAAUACGUAGACCUGAUAGAGGAGCAACUCAACGAAGCACUAACAACCUAUCGCAAACCUGUUGAUGGCGAUAACUAUGUGAGACGCAGCAACCAAAGGUUACAAAGACCAAAUGUCUAUCUCCCUGUGCACUUGUAUGGUCAGCUAGUCCAUGAUAAGACAGGCUGCCAUCUAUUGGAGACUCAGAGUAUAGUUCCUGACCUCAGCUAUACGGUUCGCUCCCCGAUGCUGGACACCUGGGAGGGCAUCAAACAGCUUAAAGCUGCUCUCUGGGCUCUGGGUAACAUUGGCUCUUCAAACUGGGGCCUGAAUCUCCUCCAUGAGGAGAACGUCAUCCCUGACAUGCUUGCAUUAGCUCAGCACUGCGAAGUGUUGUCAGUACGAGGUACGUGUGUUUAUGUGCUGGGAGUGAUCUCCAAGACAAGGCAGGGGUGUGAGUUGUUGAAGCAGUAUGGUUGGGAUGCAGUCAGACACAGUCGCAGGACGCUGUGGCCAGUCACUCCAGAUGAGGUUGAAACCCAGUUGACCUCUGAACUAUCAUCCGUGCCAAGCACGCUUAGUCUCAACUCUGAAUCCACCAGCUCCCGUCAUAACAGUGAGAGCGAGUCUCAACCAAACAUGUACAUCCUGGACGAUGACAAAUGUGAUGUUCUGGACCAGUCAGAUGAGGCUCCUUUGUAUAUACACUCCAAACCAGUCAAGGACCGCAGCCCCUUCACUAUCCUGGCCUCCACUCGCUUUGUUCGUGCACGUUUCCUCAACUCCCUGUCCCUCCCCACUAAGAAACUGCGCUCCACAAGUGACCCCAAGACCCCGACGGGCUCGCGCACACCGACCGAGUUUAAGAUGAGACGUAACCGGACCGUGACAGAGCCUUCUGUCUACGUCCCAACCCAGGGGGACGUCUUCACCACUGUGUUAAAUGGCAGAGCAAUGCCAAAGAGUCCCACUGUCAGCCUGGAGACGUCGUUUGUCGGGACCAGAGGGGGCUCUGAGGAGCAUCUUGUAGACGGACAGCUGGGUAGGGGAGGAGGUUCAGGCCUGGCACUCAGUGGUCUGGGAGGGCACGUGGAGCAUCCCUCUCGAGAACGGGAGCAGAGCAGCCGAGAGCGUCUGACCGGAGGAGAUGGAGGUUCUUCAUCGAGUGGGGGUAAUGUGGGAGGGGGAGGAAGCGCGGGAGGUACUCAAUUCAAAAGCCGCAGUCAGAGUUUUAACACGGACACCACAACCAGCGGCAUCAGCUCCAUGAGCUCUAGUCCAUCAAGGGAAACCGUCGGAAACCCGGAGCAUUCCGAACCUGAACCGGACUCUUCUGACUGCGUUAGCCUCAACACAGUCGUCUCAGCCAAGACUGUCAAAACGCUGUCCCCUCUCACCCCCCAGGCACAGACAAACCACAUGUCUGCAUCCAAGUCCUCCACUGUCUCUUUGGUACCUCCCGGGUCCUCGCACACACUCCCCCGUCGAGCUCAAUCUCUCAAGUCCCCCUCAGUGACCACCAUCAAGAGCCUGGCUGACUGCAGCUUCAUGUACACCAGCCCAAGAGACGCGCUGGGCUAUGCCACACUGAAGAGGUUGCAGCAACAACGGAUACACCCGUCUUUGUCCCAUAGUGAAGCGCUGGCUUCACCUGCAAAAGAUGUGCUCUUCACAGACACCAUCACGAUGAAGACUGGCAGCUUGGACUCUCGACUCACACCUCGCAGGAUAUCAGACAGGAGAAGUACCUGCCCAGAGUCCAAUGUCUUAAGUCCAUACCACAGACUGUCCAGAACCCUGGUGCCGCGUCUCUCCCCCCGAAUCCUCUCACGUACCUCUCCUCUCGGCCUCCCUAGGUUUUUGAAAGCUCUAAGUUUUGCCUCCCUGGACAAAGAAGAGCUCCUAAGCCCAAUCAACCAGAGCACCUUGCAACGCUGCUCCUCUGUGCGCUCCAUGGUCUCCAGCGCCACCUAUGGGUGCAGCGAUGACUACAUUGGUCUUGCACUGCCUGUGGACAUUAACGACAUGUUCCACAUCAGAGACAUGGCAUACUUUCAGCAGAGGAUAAGCCCGCCUUCAGAGGAGAGGAAACGCUUUCUGUUUGGUGAUGAUAAUGGUGAUCGUCCUGCCCUCCCAAUAUUGAAGCAGCAGUUCAGUAUCUCAGAGCUGAUCGCAAAUAGAGGCGACUGCCCAAACCAAUUUCUGGACUCGGAUGAGACGGGACUGCAGGAUCACACAGACGAGAACUGCCUCUACUGUGUAGGAUCCAUCGUCCUUGGAUACCCCGCACAGCCACCAAGCAACAGCACACGGGCUCGGACAGAUUAUGUAGACUUCCCAACCUGGGGAGGCCAGAGUGGCCAUCGUCUGGAGGUGAUGCCUCAGUCCAAGUUCUCUGGCGUGUCAGGCUGCAGCGAUGCCGCCGUUUCACAAGGCUCUGUCUGUGGCACGCCCACGCCUAGCGACAUUGUCAUUGGUGGCAAGGCAAUAUCAGAGGACGGCCCUGCCCCCCGAGUGCUGCUAAGAAAAGAAGUGCUUCGCCUCAUCAUCAACCUCAGCUCGUCUGUAGGGACCAAAGGCCACGAAACAGGACUUCUCACAAUAAAGGAGAAGUUUCCAUAUGCGUUUGAUGACAUCUGCCUGUACUCUGAGGUGUCUCACCUCUUAGCGCACUGUAUGUUUCGCCUGACCUCCAGACGUUUCAUACAGGAGCUUUUCCAGGAUGUGCAGUUCAUGCCAAUGUAUGAGGAAGCUGAGGCAAUCUUGACAAAACUGCCAAAACCUGGUGAAAAGGAAGAGGACCCUUCUGCAGAAUCCUGAUCAUCCUCCUCCCCGCCUGUGUAUUGCCUACCAGUCCCUGAGCACGCCACCCAAUUAUGAACCACAAAAGACUGACAAACAGAUAUGGCUCCAAGGGUGGGAGCAGGUUUGGCGUGUCUCGGUCGCUGAAAACAGAGUACGAGUAGGCAAGGAAGAAGUGAAGGAGAAGGGGAAGGUUGCGUCACUCGCUCUUCUUCAAAUAAACAACAGCUGGAAAUGAAGAUCAGUAACUGCAAACAAAGUUUUACCGCCUAAUGCUGUUUCAAUUUUUUUAACGGGCGAAAAAGAGGAGCAGCUUAACCAAAUACUGUUUUCAGAGGGUUGGCAAAGUUUAGCAACACUCAAUAAUGCAUCACAAAAUCAAACUGGAUCAAAAGGACAAAUGACUCACGCUGUUUCAAAAGGAAAAAAAAAAAAAUCUAUUGACUGUCACCUUCCAGAGGUUGUCUUCUGUCAUGACAGAAAUUCUUCACCCUGUGAGUCCACACAUCCUGUGUGCUUUCUAUCCCUCAGAAACAAAACACUAAAAAAGGGUCCUGCUGUUUAAUUUGUUUUUAGGAUCUGGAGUCUUUGUGAUUCACAUUCACCCACCUGUGAUCUGUACAAGCCACGUGUGUUUAUGCUUCUCUUUUCCUUACUUUCCCGCAACUUGUAGCCUCCCGUCAGGAGAGACAGCAGUUUCUUUUCCGUUCUUAUUUCUUGUAUCUGAGACAAUCAAACAUCUGUAGUAUUGUCAUCUUGAGCGCUAUACAGUAUAAGCCACCUUUACCAAGUACAUGAGAAGAAUAGCAUGUAGUUUUAUGCUAGAUAUCAUCCUUUUUGCAUCAUGUCCUCCUUCAGCCAUUGCAUUUUUGGUAAGCUUCUGUUUUUUUAGUCAAGAAGUGCGAUGAUAUAGAGCUAAGUGCGCUGUAUCUGCUAUUCAUUGUGUAGAAUGAGUUAAUAGAAGUUUGGCACCAAAACCCGUAUCUCCCCAGCAUCUCCCCAACAUUAUGCCUUCUUACCUCUGUGCUUCACUUCCUCUGCAUGUGUAACGCGCAUGGGCCAAGUUACUUUGUUUCCUGCUUGUAACACUUUUUUUAAGGUCGCCAUUACAGUGUAGGGGUAGAAAUACCCUCGAUCCCCCCCCCCCACACACACACACACCAUGCAAUAUCACUGUCAGUGGCUGAGAUGGAAGGGGGUGACUAAAUAAUCUGUACAAGGAUGCCAGGGAGAUGGGAUUAGAUUGAUCUCUGCUUCCACUGGCUUGUUUUUUGCUCUAAUGCUGCUACACAAAUGGACUCAUAGAGAGAUGAUUCAUAGAUCAGCUGAGUGAUGUCAGAUCUGAUCUAUUUAUUAUAUGUCUGUACCAUAGUGAGCUCAACCAGAGAAGAAAAAAGUUAUUUAUAUUUUCCUCAAGACUGUAUUAUAAUUUAAUAAGUUCUUUUUUUUGUUGCCUGAAUUGUGGUUUCCCCUGUAUAUUGUGUACAGUAUGUUUUGGGGCAUUAGUGACCUAAAGAAACAUACAAUCCUAUCAAAGGGAUGCAUUGUUAAUUAAAAAAAGAUGGAAAUACCCUUUU